CUCUCUAUCCUCCUCCUACUCCAGCAUGUCACUCUCCUCUUUCCCCUCUGCUCCUCAUUUUCAUCUCAACUUGAACUAUCGGCACAUUUAAUUUUUAAUGAUCCACGCCGAGCCGGUGCGGUCCCUCUCUCCCUCUCUCUCCCCCUCUCUCUCCCUUCACUCUCUGCUCCCCUCUUCGCCACCUGUUAGUUAGUCUCCCUCUCCUCGCCGCACUGGAAUCCCCUCUUUUUUUAUGAAGAGUUUCACUCUCGCGCUAUCGCUGAGCCCUAUGACCGUGCGAAAAGGAAAGCGCCUGGCCAUCUCCAUCCAGGAGCACAUGGCCAUCGACGUCUGCCCGGGCCCCAUCCGCCCCAUCCGCCAGAUCUCCGCCUACUUCCCCCGCCUCUCGCCCACUUCCUCCUUCUCCGAGCCGCUCUCGCCCAAUCAGGCGGCGGCUCCCACCUCGCUCAGCCCCGGCGGCGCGGGCCAGGGUGGGGCCGCCGGAGGGGGCGGGGGGCUGCUGUCGCCGGCGGCGGCAGGCGGAGGAGGCUCGCUGUCUGCCAUGAGCAGCAUGGACACCUCCAUCGAAAUCGACAGCUGUGACAGCGACGAUAACACCUCCUUGGGGACGCUGGAGUUUGACCUGCUGUAUGAAAAAGCCACCAGCUCCUUGCACUGCACCGUCCUCAGAGCCAAGGGUCUGAAGCCCAUGGAUUUCAACGGUCUGGCUGAUCCGUACGUCAAGCUGCACCUGUUGCCCGGAGCUUGCAAGGCCAAUAAACUGAAAACCAAGAUCGUCCGCAACACGCUGAAUCCCGUGUGGAACGAGACUCUCACCUACUGCGGCAUCACCGAGGAGGACAUGUACCGCAAGACGCUCCGGGUGUCGGUGUGCGACGAAGACAAGCUGACACAUAACGAGUUCAUCGGGGAGUCGCGGGUGGCCCUGCGCCGCGUGAAGCCGGACCAGACCAAACACUUCAACAUCUGUCUGGAGCAUCCACCUCCUCUGCCCUCGCCGACCGCGAUGAGCACGGCCCUGAGAGGGAUCUCCUGCUACCUGAGAGAGUGGGAGACGGAGCAGCAGCGCAGUCUGGAGGAGAGAGGCCGCUUGCUGCUCUGCCUCCAGUACCUCCCCCCCGUCAGCGAGGACGAGGACGUGAAGGGCGAGGCCAAGGAGAGGGCUCGUGGCGGCCUGUGCGUGGGCGUCAAGCGCUGCGCCCACCUGGCAGCGAUGGACGUCAACGGCUACUCCGACCCCUACGUUAAAACAUACCUGAAGCCAGACGUUCAGAAGAAGUCCAAGCACAAAACGGCGGUUAUAAAAAAGACUCUGAACCCGGAGUUUAAUGAGGAGUUCUUCUACGAAAUCUCCUUCUCGGAGUUGGCCACUAAGACCCUGGAGGUCACGGUGUGGGACUACGACCUGGGACGGUCUAACGACUUUAUAGGAGGGGUGUCCCUCGGCUGCCACUCGCAGGGAGAAACCCUGCAGCACUGGAUAGACUGUCUGAAGAACAAGGGCAAGAAGGUGGAGCGCUGGCACACGCUGACCAACGAGCUGCCCGGGUCCUCGGUGCAGGAGUGAGCCUCAGUCCGACCGGCGGCGACGCUGGAGGGUCCGCCCCGAGGCCGGAGGCGAGAGACGCUUCAUCGCAUGCUCCGAGGACUUUCUGCAUGGCUCCCGACGGGCUCACGUCCCACUCACUUCGUGUCAUAA